ACGUCGGCCGGCGCAAGCGCGCCGGAAGUGUCGGCGGGAGUCCGUGGAGACUGGAAAGCGGCGGCGGAGGCGGCAAUGAAGGCUUCCACUUUCCACUCGACUCUUUGAGACUUUAUUGCACGGAGAAGGCACCAAUAUAGGGCUCGAUGUCGGAGGACGGCCUGAGCUGUGAUGGGCUCACGUCCGACGGGGAGUCCGAAGUGGACCAUGAUAAAGAUCCAGAGGCUCAGGCGCAGGAGUAUGUGAACCGUGUGUGGAACCCUGACGUGUCUGGCCCGCGACCCCCCAGUUGCCCAGCGGAAGUGCAGCUCAAGAGCCCCAAGUCCACAGCCUCGGAUCUGAGCAUGAAGCUGCUGACGAGCGCAGCACUGCCCGAAGGGGAGGGGAUGGAGUCUGGCCUCCUCUCUCUCCCCUGGGAGCUGAUCCUGGAGAUCUGCUCCUACCUGGACGCCAGGUUUGUGCUGGGAGUCCUGCCUUUGGUUUGCCGGGCGUUCCAGUGUGUCCUGACUGAUGAUGUGACCUGGAGAAUCCGGGUCCAGAAACUCCUUGGCCUGAAUUUCCCGAUGCUGGAAGGAAGACAUUUUAAUUGGCCCCUGGCAUGUAUCGAACUGGAAGAACACUUGUCCCAUUGGUCCCAGGGCCUGGAGAAGGUGGAGCACUUCUCUCUGAACGACGGCCACUUUGCUGCUGUGGACUGUGUGCUGCUAAUCAAGAAUGCAACAUUGUGCAUCACUGGAUCCAGGGAUCGAAAUGUGAACGUCUGGGAUUUGAAGCGUUUGGAUCAGAAGGACGAGACAGUGUUGGUCAAGUCUCUUGGAAACCGACCUCGUGGUACCCACAAGGGCUGGGUCUGGUCGCUGGCCUCACAGGGGGACAUGCUGAGCUCCGGAUCCUGGGAUAGCUGCAUCAAGCUCUGGGACAUGGCGUGCGAGGGAGCCAGUGUCCGGGAAAUCAGAGGGAAGGCAGCUGUGCUGUGUCUGGCGUAUCUCACUGAUGUCCUCGUGGCCGGGUCAUACGACAAAACCGUCACCGUGUACGACCCCCGAGCAAGUGACCCUGUGAUCACAAGCCGUAAGCUUCACAACAACGCAGUACUUUGCCUAGCGGCUGACGAACGUUACCUGAUUUCCGGCAGCGAGGACAGGACCAUGGUGGUGUUUGACCGCAGAGCCAACCGCGUCCUUCAGAGACUGCAGCUGGAUUCCUAUCUGUUCACCGUCUCAUACCGGGGAGCAGAGGUGUGGGCAGGAGACAAAUGGGGCCUUGUGCAUGUCUUUGACCAAAGAGGAGGACUUUUCCAACAUGUCAAGUGUUACAAUGUUGGUCACCGAUCUCAGCUAACGGGGAUCAAACACUCUGUGGGAACCUUGUACACGUCUUCAACGGAUAAGACGAUCAAGAUCCAUGUGCCCACAGACCCACCUCACACCGUCUGCACCAUACCCCACAGGGACGUGGUCAAUGGGAUCAGCAUAGACAAGAACGUGUUGGCAGCAGCCUCCGGGGCGAUGUCGCUGGAGAUCUGGCGAAUGAACGAGUGAGCGAGCGUGUGUGUGAGCGAGAGAGCGAGCGAGCGAGUGUGCAAGAGAGCGAGAGAGUGAGUGAGCGAGCGAGCGAGGGGCUACCAUUUGCUGCGAUUCCUCCACCACAAUAUAAUCAGGAAGGUGAGGAGGUGGUCUCACCUCGGGCUCCCUCUGCCCCCCCCGCACUACAACUGGGCCCUCGAACUCUACCACUGACGGGCUGUUAGGAAAAAUUACACGAGUGACGGGUGAGAUGGCUUUGUGUCGGUGCCAGAAACAUGCACAACUCGGUGUUUCGGGGCAAUUAAAUUCCUGUUGAUUUGGCACAGUUACUUACGAUUGCUAUUCAUUCAUGUCGAGGAGUUCCAGUGGUUAGAGCACUCGCCUCGCAAGCGAGAGGACCCGGGUUC